GAUGAUAGUGAUCUUUUCACUUGGUCUGUGUCCUGGAGGUAUAUAAAAUUACAUUCGUGAUAGUGCGCAGGAGAAAAGUCAAUAUUUAUUUGUAAUUAGAAACACUCGAGUGAGUUUAAUUGCAAGAGAAAGAGCAUUAAAAUAAACCCAUAAAAUUAGUGUCAGAAAAUGAACGACACAAUUUGCCUAUUUAACACCUGUUCGAUCCGAGUUGCGCGAACGCAUAGCCGUUUUCGCUAAAAAGUAUGCCCAUUUUUCAUCAGAGCGUGAAGAGACAAUGUAAUAUCCGACGCAUUUUCUUCUAUUAUAAUUUUCCACGUCGAAAGUCCAUUAUAAUUAUGAUCGUAUCUGCCAAUUUACAGGUUUAAUUGGUGAACGCGCUCUUUACAAUAAAACAAAUAAAAAUUAACUUUACGGAAAUGAUCAUUUCAUUGUUAACUUUACACGUCAUUAAUUAUCGAUCACGUUGUCGAGUCUCGGUAGAUUUUCAGUUGUCGGGCCAAGCCGCGAGGGAUGUCGGGACCCUUCAGAAUAUUCUCCAAAACAUAUGCAGGUAUUUCCGCCAAGUACUUAAUAAACAUAAUCAUCGACAGCGAAGAAAAACGAAGUCCGAACCACCUGCAACACUGCGACUACCAUUUCACGGGCACGUCGAAGAAGGCUGUGAGCCGCCGGCGCGUUAACAACUUGUCGAGUCGAGAGUAUCGCAGUGCGCUUUGACCGCCGCCUGAGGAACGUAAUAAUUAUUCCGAUUUAAAAGUGUGUCUCGGGGUUAUCUAAUCGAAUUUUUCGGCGAUUUUGGCCCCAGACCAAUUGCAAGAUCUGAUGCAGACGAUGUAAAUUCACUGCAAUCUCCUAAUUCCAAGGGGCGGGAUGAGCCUGGCUUGCAAGAAACUCUGGACAGCACUGCAGAUCUUAUGGAGCGUACUCUACGUGGUUUGCGGAGCGUGUCAAUUGAUGGUGGCCAUAUUUUUUCUCAUAUCCGUUAGCGAACUGAGACUCUACACCGUCCUAUUUGCCGGAUCAUGGAAUAUUACAAUCGGCAUCGUUGGAGGGGUGGUCGCAUGCAUAGGACUGCUUUCCCCGAAACGGCAAGAGGUCUUACUUUAUCUGGCAGUAUCCAUUUUGGCCGUCAACGUGGUAGCCCUUCUGUUCACCGAGUGGAAGAUCUACUUCGCUGAGGUACCCAAGUUACUCGAUAAUUAUCCAAAUCACGUCCUGAUAGAUUAUGCAUGCUUUCUGCUUAGGAUCGCCGAGGGUACCGUCGUAGUGGUCUCCUUUUUCGACAGUCAAUUCGCCUUUUGCUCCGCCCAGAUCCUACCAGUGGCGGGAAGCAAAAAGGGCCGCGGAUCACACGACCAAGUGUCCGAUAUCGAGUACAUUAUUCCGAGGUCGAAGCCGCAGUCGCAGCAGCACCAAUUCUACGACGCAUACGCUCAAAGUUGGGUGUUUGAUUCCGAGAACGCGGGCUGUUCCAACGGGGGAAACUCCACCGACAAUUCUUACCUGAUCGUUCAGAAUGGGACGACGCCCGCGCCCAAGAAUCCACUGGGAAGGCCCAACGGUUUGCAGAACGGCACAGCGUUGAAAGAAGCCACUUGUCACCUGAUAGACAAUCCUGCGGUUCACGUAGAGGAGGCAUCAGAUGAUAGCACAAGCAAUAGCGAUCGAAAACUAUGCUACAUGAAGAGUUUCUCCCGUUCGACCUCUCCUGUGAUUCUAUCGGCCAGUUCGUCGCAGAUCAGCCUCAAUCUUAGCGCCAGAGAUCACAAUCCACCCAUUUACGAGUACUUGGAAAAGCUGACCGAGCCACAAAUUUACAGGUCUAGGCUAAAUACAGCUGUGAGUAGUAAGGAGGGUGUCGAAUCGCCCCAGUACCACGCCCCUCAACCCGUAGCAAUGAGAAGGGUGGAGACGGUCAGUCCUCAGGUGGUGGAGCCUGUCCAGUACGCUUCGCUGAUGAAGGAACUGCAGAAGGCGAUCAUCAGUAAGAAAGAACCAUCUGCGGUGACGUCACCUCUAAGCAAUAGCGAAAGCCAAAGUCAUUCCAAGAGCAGCGACACUGAAUUCUCGAGAGAAUUAGAGGCUGCCCUUCAACUCAUUCAGGACCUGGAGAGUCCAAACACUGCUGAAACGCCGUCGGACUUGAAAGAUGUGCGGCCGUUGUGCAUGUGGCGAAAAAGCAGCGGAGCGAGCGAGAGCGAAAAGACGCUGAGCGCUGUGGGUUCGAUGGGGGAAAUCACGUCUCCCAUGACCGAAAUUCCCCUCCAACGAGGAGAAUACUCACCCUCGAAUCCUGGUAAGGGCUCGCGCGUUACAGUACAAUAUCCCAAUUCCCAGAGCACCUCGGGAUAUAGUUCGCCCACUCACGGACCCACCCCAAACUGGUCGACCACCUCCUCUAUAAACGGUAGCAGUAUCGACAUCGUUAAGCCGAUCGGCUAUCACAUUCACAACGCCAAGUCCACGACGGUUAUAUCAUUAUUCUCGCAAGCAAGCGGCGACAACGGCAAAAGUAAAUCUGUCACUCUAGUCAACAUUUCCGGCCAUCCAGAUCCGUUUAGGGAAUCUGACAUCCUAGCUUCGACGUUUCUAGUUAAAGAUGGUCAACCUAAGGAACAUUUUCCCCUAUCGUCGUCUAAAAAUGAGAAUACAACUGAAAUAUGUCGGAAACGUUCGAACGAGAUCACCACCUGGCAACCAAAACCGGACGCUCACCAGGGUAUUUGGAGCGUAAAGUCGCUGUUGCGAAAAAAAAAACACAACUCCCUUCCAAAAUUGCGGCCCGAGUUGGAAGCGGCCAUUAUUAAAUCCGAGAGUUUAGCGUACCUGAGCGAAGUGGAGUUGUUGGCGAGACAUAAACGCAAUGAAGAAAUCCAAAGGCAAAUUGAACAGAGGGUUAUCGAACAAUUGGCCAUGCCGAGGUCCGAGUCGCACUGCUGAGUUGGAGUAAUUUUCUAUUCCUCACGGGAUUCUAUUUAUUGUAAUUUAUUUAUUAAAUCGUCCAGUUUUUCCAAAAACUUUACACAUAAAUGUCAAAACAAAUUUACUCUGCUUAGAUCAACCUAUUUUUUGUAUAUUUUAUAUCUAGCUAUUGUGUAAAUAGUACAUUUAUUGUUACUAGAGCCAUAUAGUUUAUAUUGCAAUUCUAUUGUAUAUAUUGAUCUAGAAAACCAGCAAUUUAUAAGAAAAUGAAAUAAACAUCUUCC